AAAGAGGGAGUGAGAGCGGGAGAGAAAGGCAUCCCUCUAAUUCCUCAAGAGGGGCUCUUCUAUCAAACAGAGAAAGAGUGAGAAUAGGAGAAGAGGAGGGGCGGACUGACGGUGGGAGGUACAGAAGUUUGGGAUAAUUCUAAGGAGCUGAGACCCAAAACGUUGAGGCUGGAGUAGUCAACUGCAGUCAGGGAGAGAACAACGGAUGAAAAAACAAAGCACACUGACUUAUCCCUGAAGGGACCGACUACGAGUGGAAACAGCAGGAGAUCACCACUACGGCUACAGAAGGCCAACAUACCAGCAUGCCACUACAAAACAAGCUGGUCCCAACUUCAUUGACAAGAGUGUGAAGGAAUCUGAACUGAUGCAUGAAGGACUAGAAGCGUGAGAACCGCAAGGGGAGAUUUGAGAAAAGACGGGAGAGAGAGAGAGAGAAGUUGUUAACGUUUGUGAACAUUGUCCACCUGCUUGUAUACGUGGUUAAGAAGAGAGAGAGUUUCAGUGUAACUUCCAAGAAGAGAAGAGAACCAGCAAGGAUCAGAGAGAGGCUCUACCCGGCUCCACGCAAUUUGACCAUGAGUAUGAGCGGCACAUUGGAGAAGGGGGCUCACCACCAGGCCCUUGACCUCUCUGAGGAGCUCUCCCCCCACAUGCACCCCCACCAUCACCCCCACCACCAGCACCACCACCACCUCCAGCACUCCAACUCCCUGGCCUCCACCGCCCCCGUGGGGACACCCUCCGGCGUGGUGGUGCCUCCCCCGUACUUUGCAGCCGAGAGCGGGGGAGGAGGGAGUGACGCUCCCCUGGAGCUGAGGGGCUCUCUGGACUGCUGGGCGUGCUCGGUGCUGGUGACGGCCCAGAACCUGGUCAUAGCGGGGAUCAACGCCUGCCUGGCCGGACUGGUGUUCGGACUCAUCCUCACCCCGGCUAUAGUGAUGGUGGUGUUUGGGUUCCUGUGUCAUUCUACGGUGCGCCCUCAGGGGACGACCCGCUACUGUUCGGACCUGCUGAGCGACGGGGGCUGUGUGGCCCUCCUAGUGGUCGGGUUCCUCCUGGUCACCCCCCUCCUGGUACUGGCUCUGGCUGCCUACUGCCGCCUGGCUCGUCACCUCCAGUUGGGGCUCUGCUUCAUACCGUACUCCAGGGCCGUCUACAAGAACCUGCCCGCUACAAAACACCAUGGCCUGGGAGGGGGCUGCUGUGGAGGCAGCAGGUCUGGAGGGGAGGGAGGCGGGAAGGGAAAGGUCUGGGUGUGAAGGGGGAGAAAGGGGAGGGAUUGAGGUUGGAGGAAGGGUGCAAGGAGGAGAGAGAGAGGGAGGAUGGAGGGAAAUAGAGAGGAAGAGGCAGAAAGAGAGAAAGACAAGGGGGUAAGAAUGAGAGAGAGGGAGAAAGGAGGGAGGGAGAGUGAGGGGGAGGAAGGGCGAGCCAAGAUUAGAGGAGAUGGGAUGAGAGGGAGGAAAUGAAAGGAGGGAAGAAUUACAUUAGAGAAGGGAGGAGGAGAAAGAGGACAAAAACUACAGCAGCCAAACUAAUAUCUCUACAGAAUAGGCACCAUAGUUUAAAGAAGAAAGUGAACCAUUCCUCUGGCCUGAGUUCAACCGAAGUAACCUCCCUCACACCACCAUGUUAUCUGCUAUCCCUUUAAUGUAAAAGUUGCCUUUAAACCAUUGAUAUAUUGUGUUCGAAAAUGUUAUAGCAGACGAAAAGGGAGCAGGGAUUUUUACACUGUUCUAGAAGUAGAGGCAAUAAAUCAACAGCAAGCAUCUCAAUCACACCGCAGACUACGUUUAGCUUAUGCAGUGAAACACUGGGCAUUAAUGAAGAAUAUAUCACUGCCAUGUGUCCACAUUUCAUAAAACAUUUGAGUGAUUUAGCAGGAAGCUCUUUCCAGAGCAACUGGGGUUAAGUGCCUUGCUCAAAGGUACAUAGACACAUGUUUCACCUAUUAAACACUCUGGGAUUUAAACCAGCAACCUUUUACUUACCUGCCCAACGCUCUUAACCACUAGGCUACCUACACCUCUUUAAGAUAUCAAUAACAUUGAUUCAAGACAAUGUCUUUAAGCAUUUAUACACCAUGAAGGACAUUUUGUGUUUAGCAUAGUUUGUACAUUUAAUUUACUAAGGUUUAUGACUACUAUUGUUUCUUGUACAUUUCCUUUUUUCAAAUAUAGCCUAUUUGGAAUCAA